AUGAGCUCGCUUUCCGUUAUUUCUCUCCUCACCGGAUUUCUCACGGCGAUGGUUGUGAUUUCUGAAUUUCCCUCCUCCUCCAGCUCUAACGGCGACGAUCCACCCAAGAAACCUCAACAAUCCCAGAAGAAACCUCAAGAAGAGGAAGAUAAAUCGAAGCAAAUCAUUACCCAACAAGAGAAUCAUCUUUCGUUUUUUUCCCCAAUUCCACAAGAACUCAUCGAAGCUUGCCUCUCACUAAUCCCCAGACGUGAUUACCCAACGAUAUCUCUCGUCUCCAGAUACUUCCGUCGUCUCAUCGCUUCUUCUUCACUCUACCAGCAUCGUUCACUCCUCAACAUCACCGACUCUGUUCUUUACGCGUUCGUCGGAUUCCCUCCUUUCGAUUACCCAAGAUGGUUCAUUCUUCAUCGGAAUCGUAACCAAUCCAACUCUUUACAACUCCGCAUAAUCGAUACGCUUCAACACUUUCCAUUCGGAUCUGCUCUUGUCACAAUCGGACAAAAGAUGUAUGUACUCGGUGGAUGCGACGGUUACAGAGAGCGUACAAAUGGAGUGUUUCUAAUGGAUUGCAGAACUCACAGACGGAGGGAGCUUCGACAUAUGCGAGGGGCACGUUACCGAGCAGCCGUCGGAGUAAUCGACGGAAAGAUUUACGUAAUCGGAGGUCGAGAGAAACGAUAUCCGGAUUGGGUUGAAGUGUUGGAUUUAAAGACUGGGAUUUGGAGUUCUUUGAUUGGUCCGUUUCCUUUAGGUGCUCGUGAAGGAGAGUUUGAGACAUACGUUGUGAUGCAACAGAAGAUUUACCUUCUGGAUUAUAGUUCUUGUUUGUCUUACGAACCCAGAACACGUAACUGGGAAUCUUGCGGUAUGUUGAGAGAAUUCUGGCAAAGAUCGUCUUGUGUGGUGGAUGAUAUGUUGUAUACUAUUGAUCCUCAAUUUAGGCUUGGAAGUUUGGUAAUCGUGUAUGAUCCAAGGGAGAUGAAUUGGAGAUCUGUGAAUGUUGUAGGUGAUUUGCCUCAUCUCUUUUAUUAUGAUUCGAAAAUGGCCAAUUUCGGUGGAAAGUUGGUGAUUUUGGGUACUAGUCAGGGACGGUAUACUCCCGGGAUAAAAGAUAUCUGCUGCGUAGUGAUCGCUUUGGAAAAACGUGAAAAUGGUGAGAUUCGGGGGAAUGUCGAAUUAGUCGAGUGUGUGCUUACAGCCCUGAGUUCGCCUUCCAUCGAGCUUUGUCGUACUAUUACGUUUUGA